CGCUACUAGUCUCUCGUCUGACGUGCUUCGCGGCAAAUGUUCGACACGUGCGAGAAAAAACCGCGCGGCACUCGAGUUACGGGAACGAAAAGUUCGCGCGACUGAGAGGGUCGAUUUUCCGCCAAAGUGGAGCGAUUUCUCGAGCGGUAGCGGAAACAAAACCCGGUGGGGGUUUUAUUUUGACAUCAUGAACAUCGAUGAAUUCCGUGUGCGCGGUAAGGAGAUGAUCGAAUACAUCUGCGAGUACAUUCGCACGCUGGAGGGCAGGAGGGUGACGGCGAACGUCGAUCCUGGCUAUUUGAGACAUUUGAUCCCAAAAGAAGCGCCUCUUAAACCGGAAUCAUGGGACGCCAUCAUGAGAGACGUCGACGGCAAAAUAAUGCCCGGAAUCACCCACUGGCAGCAUCCGCGAUUUCACGCCUACUUCCCGUCUGGCAACUCGUUCCCCUCGAUCCUCGGUGAUCUGCUGUCAGACGCGAUCGGCUGCAUCGGUUUUUCAUGGGCGGCUAGUCCAGCUUGUACUGAACUUGAAACUAUCGUGCUAGAUUGGUAUGCUAAAGCAAUCGACCUGCCAGCCGAAUUCCUGUCGGAGCAGAAAAGCGGUGGUGGCGUGAUUCAGGGCUCGGCCUCUGAAUGUAUUCUGGUGACGAUGCUGGCGGCGCGCACGCAGGCAAUUAAGAUGCUGAAAGAGCAGGAACCCAAUACGGAGGAUUCGGCGUUCCUGCCAAAAUUGGUGGCCUACUGUUCUACGGAGUCGCAUUCGUGCGUCGAGAAAGCAGCGAUGAUCAGCCUGGUGAAGCUGCGGAUACUCGAGCCGGACGACAAAGCCGCCUUGCGCGGUAGACGGCUCGAAUCAGCCAUCAGGGAAGACGUGGCGAAUGGCUUAGUGCCGUUUUACGUAUCCACUACUCUGGGUACUACCGGAUCCUGCGCCUUUGACAAUCUCGUAGAGAUCGGGCCUGUAUGCAAGCUGUAUCCCAACAUCUGGCUGCACGUGGAUGGCGCUUACGCUGGUAACGCCUUCAUUUGUCCGGAAAUGAGACCAUUCAUGGCCGGCAUCGAGCAUGCUGAUUCCUUUAAUACGAAUCCAAACAAGUGGUUGCUAGUGAAUUUUGAUUGUUCUUGUCUAUGGGUGCGUAAUCGAAUGAAGCUCACGUCUGCAUUAGUCGUCGAUCCGCUUUAUCUUCAACAUGCUCGCUCAGGAGAAUCAAUCGACUAUCGUCAUUGGGGCAUUCCGCUCAGCAGACGAUUCCGGGCGUUGAAGCUCUGGUUCGUCAUGAGGUCGUACGGCAUCAGCGGUUUACAAAAGUACAUCAGGAAUCACAUAAGACUGGCGAAGAGAUUUGAAGCGCAUUUGAAGAAAGACAGGCGUUUUGAAAUCUUGAAUGACGUGCGAGUCGGGCUGGUGUGUUUCAGAUUGAAAGAGAGCGAAGAAAUGAAUCAAGAAUUGUUAGCCAACAUUAAUGCGUCCGGUCGGCUGCACAUGAUACCAGCUCGUGUAAUGGGCAAAUAUAUCUUGCGCUUCUGUGUGACGAAAGAGGAUGCGACUGAAGAAGAUAUUGAUUACGCGCUCAGCGUGAUCGAAGAGCAUGCCACGGAAGUAAUGCUGGCACACUACGAAGGCACGGAAGAUGAGUACAGAGCGAAGGGUCCAAAGAGUCCGGCUGCCCUCGACAAGAAACUCGUUCGAAAGUUCAGUUUUACCAGAAGCGUUACCAGAGACGUCUACAAGAAAUCCAUCUCCAAGUCUAGCCUACACGAUGGCGCGACACCCAUCAUGGUCGUCGAUGACAACUCGCAAGUCGAUACCAUCGACGAUGAUCGUUUCUGCAACAGCAGAUCGUGACGAUGUCGAUGACGGUCCCCGGCGCCGACUCGGGACGACGUAGAUGAUAAUAAUAAAAAGGGCCCUCGUUAUACAGCCGUGUGAUGCGGAACUGUGACGGCCCGCCGUCAUCAACUUACUGAUUCCCGAAGUCGUAUUUGUUGAUAAGAACUGAUGAUCAACAAUGGCAUCACCACGUAAAUGUUUAGGCAAGUCAUCUGACUUUGAUCAAAAAUUCAUUCAAAUGCCAUGCGAGAAGAUUGUGGAUCGAUGGAUCGAUCGUUUGCACUCUUUCAAGCACGAAUGAUACUUCGUGACGAUAAAAUGUAUCAAUAAGUUCAGUCAAGUUUUGCGAUAAAGUGUGAGAGUCUUGAGCAUAUUUUAGACAAAUCGUAAUGUAUGACAAAAUUCGAUUUAAAAAAUUAAUUAUAAAUGCAUAUACAUAUAAAUAUAAAAUUAUAUAAUUUCAAAAAUAUUCAAUUAAUAUCUAAAAUUUCUCUUCUGUUUUAUUAAAAGUUUUUAUAAACAUAAAGAUUUCAUUAUAUAUAUACACUAAAAUUAUAAGAUAAACAGAAUAUUAUAUUGAAAAUAUAAUUAUAAUUAUAUAAAAAUAAUAAUUAUAGAUAGAAUUCUGUGGUACGUACAAAUUUUGUUCUGAAUUGUGGACAAUUUAGAGACGGCUAUGCAUGUAGUUAAAGUAUACCGGUGAUUUAUUUUGAUAGACAUAUAUACAUAUAUGUCUAUAUAGAAACAAUAGUGAGAGAAAUAGUGAGAUGAAUUAUUGUAUAUAUGUAAUAUGUGAUAAUGACUGCCGAUGUAUGUACAGAUUCCAAUAAUUUUAUAUAAAAUGCUCGUAAGUAAUAAAAGUGUAUCGAUUUCAAUAAAUUUACGCAUGAAUUAAUUGUGAACUAUAUUAGUUUCGAUAUAUACUGAGUUUAUGAAAUUGCAUUUUCCGUCAUUGAUACUAUUGUAAUUAUAAAAGGAAAUGCGUUACAAUGCUGAACCUAAUACUUUACAUUUAAAAAGUACUUAAUUUUUAGUACAUUUUUAGUACAUUUUUAGUAAAUUUUUAAUUUUUAUCUCAAUUAAAAGAGAACUAAAUAAUUAAUAAAAAGAUAUUAUUAAUUAUUAAUAUCAGAUAUUAUUAAUAUCAUGACAAACAUUGCGAUAUUUUAUUUUUUAAAAAUCUUAAAAUUAUAAAACAUUUGAAAAAAUAUAUAUUAUAGCUUUGAGACACUGUGUAGUGUAAUAAUAAAAUUAUAUUAGAAUUUUUCAGACAUCGUGGAUGUAAUCAACAUAUUCAUACAUAAUUGAUUGAAUAGUUACACGACCGACAUCGACUAAUGUGGAAAUAGAUUUUAAUUUAAAAUAAUUGUACAUAAUAUGAUAUAUAAUAAAUAAGCAAGAAAGUUAUGAAAUAAAGUUUAGAGAAAUAAACAAUAUCUACAAAUUAAAAUUUACAACAAAUAUAGAUUAAUAAAUUUACAAUUUGAGUUUCAUCAAAUCGAUGCUAAUACAAUUAGAAAUCUAUGUGUAUGAACAACUCCAAUAUGUAUGAACAAUUCUUUACUUUAAUUGGUAAAAAUCAGUCUCGAUCUAUAAAGACAAAAUUGAAAAAUUCUUAAGAUUACAUUAGUUACAAACAUACGUGAUAAGUAGAAUGAUUAUAGAAUAUUUAUUUCAUGUACAGAUGUUAAUAAUAA